GAGCACUCCCCGCCAACUCCGUUCCCACCAUUCGCUCUCCUCCAUCGGCUCCAGCAAGCAUCCGCUGCAACUCCUCCAUCCUCCCCUCUCCCUCGCAUUUCUUGGACACCCACGCACCUCGCCGGCUCUGACGUCGCCUGCUAGGACCUAGAGGGUCGAGUUAACCCAAGAACCGCACACCCGCAGGAUCGACGUGCCAAGCAGCUAGCAGCAGACAUGCGCCGCCCGUCCCUCCUCCUCCUGGCCACGGCCACCCUCCUCGCCGCCGCGGCGGCAGGAGUGCGCGCCGGGCCGGAAAUGCCCCAAGCGGCGGCGGCGUUAGGAAUGCGCGCCGGGCCGGAAAUGCCCCAAGCGGCGGCGGCGGCAGGAGUGCGCGCCGGGCCGGCAAUGCCCCAAGCGGCGGCGGCGGCGGGGCCGCCGGUGAAGCUGUCGCCCGAUUUCUACAGCCAGUCAUGCCCACGGGCGGAGCGGAUCAUCGCGGAGGUGGUCCAGUCGAAGCAGAUGGCCAACCCGACCACCGCCGCGGGCGUGCUCCGCGUCUUCUUCCACGACUGCUUCGUGACCGGCUGCGACGCCUCCGUGCUGAUCGCGCCCACCCACUUCGCCAAGUCCGAGAAGGACGCCGACAUCAACCACUCCCUCCCCGGCGACGCCUUCGACGCCGUGGUGCGCGCCAAGCUGGCCCUGGAGCUGGAGUGCCCCGGCGUGGUCUCCUGCGCCGACGUCCUGGCCCUGGCGUCCCGGGUGCUGGUCACCAUGACCGGAGGCCCCAGGUACCCGGUCCCGCUGGGCCGCAAGGAUUCGCUCUCCUCCAACCCCACCGCCCCCGACGUGGAGCUCCCGCACGCCAACUUCACCGUGGGGCGCAUCCUCGAGCUCUUCACGGCCAAGGGGUUCACGGUGCAGGAGAUGGUGGCGCUCUCCGGCGCGCACACGCUCGGCUUCUCCCACUGCCAGGAGUUCGCGUCCAGGAUCUACGACUACAAGGACAAGACCGGCAAGCCGGCGCCGUUCGACCCGAGCAUGAACCCGACCUACGCCAAGGGGCUCCAGGCCGCCUGCAAGGAGUACCAGAAGGACCCCACCAUCGCCGCCUUCAACGACGUCAUGACCCCCGGCAAGUUCGACAACAUGUACUACGUGAACAUAGAGCGCGGCCUGGGCCUGCUGAGCACCGACGAGGACAUGUGGUCAGACCUGCGCACCAGGCCCUUCGUGGAGCGCUACGCCGCCAACAACACCGCCUUCUUCGACGACUUCGCCCGCGCCAUGGAGAAGCUCAGCCUUUUCGGCGUCAAGACCGGCGCCGACGGCGAGAUCAGGCGGCGCUGCGACGCCUACAACAGCGGGCCCAACGCCCUGUGAUCGAUGCGCGCAUACGCGUUCCGCCGGCGUCCACGUCUCUGCCUACCACCAAACGUGUUGCAUCGACCAUUGCAUGCGUGCGUUGAGUUUCCACAUGGUGGCCUUGGGAUAUCUUCCGGUGCGCACAAGGUUAUGGAUCGGGGCCGGCAGGGUGAAGCAAGUUCAAUGUUUUCUUGUUCGAUUGAGUAAUCUCUUUAGCUUGUGUGGGGUAAAAAAGUAAUCGGCAUUGCUGUGUUAUUUGUAUUCAAUUUUUUUCCAUCUU